AGUUCUGCAUCCAGAGCCGAGAGGCUUCAGGAAACGGAUUAUAAACAGGGACAUUAACAGCAAACCACCUUCUUCUCCAGACUCCCAGGGUCCUGACUGCCCCUCCCUCAGGAGCGUAAACUUCCGGACUGACUCCUGUGUGCGUUCAGCUGGCAGGUGGAGGUCAGAGUCCCCCUCAGUCUGGGGGUCUUAGGGGUCCCGCUCCUCUGUGGGGGGGGGGGGUCGGCCUUAACUGUCCCUCUCUGUCUUCAGUCAAAAAGACACUGCAGCUUCUUCUGGAGCCACAAGAAGAAACCCAGAAGUUUUCUCUCCUCAGAAGCUUCCAUACAGUGAACACAUGUAUUGAUCCCGUCCAGCCCGAGUCUCAGAGUGGGGGGGGGGAUCUCCUGCCGCGGAUCUCCUGGACAGAUUUCUGUAAUGAUCACAGGAUUACAGUAUGUUGCUUUCCCAGAGCUUCUUCCUGAACACAAAACCACCGAGUUGCUUUCUUGGCCGUUUGUCCGUCAGGGCUCACUUCAGAAGACAUUCCUGCAGUUGGUUUUAUGGGAUGAAAGCUGGGCAUGAAGUCAAGGCGCUCUUCUUCUGUGGUGAAGUGCUGCCCCCUAUUGGACUUAACAAGGCGUGACAGGCCGACCUCUACAUAAAGACAUUUUCAUUAUAUAUAAUAACAAUGAUUUAUUUUUGUAUCUCAUUUAUGUGAUUUUAUGACCUCCGGAUACUUUGGCUACAACAAAGUCUGUUUCACUUCCUGAAACAGUUUCCACGUGACAGCAUGUUCACCUGGAACGACUAAAAAAAGGUUUUAUUUUGCCUUUAUUUAAUAAAUGUCUGCAGUCUGGUCCAACUCGCUUCUUUACGUGAUUUCGGAGGGGACAGUGAAGGCAUCAUCAGGUUCAGUUUCGUUUCUCUGAGUUUCUGAUCAGUUUCUGAUCAGUUUCUGAUCAGACGGAGCAGUAACUCCUCAUCAUCCUCAUCAUCAGUGACGAGGAGGGUUUUAUUUCACUAUGAGCACUCUUCACUCCAGACUGCUGCAGCUGCAGAGUCGCUUCACCUGGGAUCUGAAGAAGGAAGAUAUUGACCUGGAAAACCUCAGCACUCGACUACAGGACCAUAUUGACCUUCAGCUUGGAGAGCGGGGUGCAGUGACUCGCACCUACAGCUUCUUGGCUUAUGUCAGGUAUCUUCAGGGUCGACCAGCGGAGGCGGUGUCACUUCUCAAACAAUCAGAGGAGAAGAUCGGGGAGUGUUAUGGUAAGGAGAACGAGCAGCGGCUCAUCGUGAUGUACGGAGACCUAGCCUGGCUGAAAUACCACACCGGAGACUACACACAGUCACAUAGUUACUGCCAGAGGGUCGAUGACAUACUGUUGAAAUAUCCUGCUGGUUCCUCCACAGAUCUCCACCCAGAAGUAUAUGGAGAAAAAGGUUGGACCUACCUUAAGUUUUUGAAAUCUUACUACCCCAAAGCCAUUGACUGUUUCCGUAAAGCGUUAGAGGUGCAGCCUGAUGACAGAGAGUGGAACGCCGGCUACGCUAUUGCCCUCUAUCGCACAGAACCAGAACCGAGGUUUUUAGAAACAUCCAUGGAAGAUGGAGAGUCACCGGCCAUCAAACAGCUUCGCCGAGCCCUGGAGAUCAACCCUGAUGAUGGCGUUCUGCUGUCGAUGCUGGCUCUGAAGCUGAACGCCUACCAGAAGCACCAAGAGGCUGAAGACCUGGUAGAGAGAGCACUGAAGAUCGGUCCUGACAACCCUCAUGUCAUGCGUUACAUAGCCAAAUAUCUUCGCAUUCAGGGUGAGGACGAGCGGUCUAUUGAUCUGCUGAAGCGAGCGCUGAAGAGGACCAACCAGUCAGCUUUCAUCCACCACCAGCUGGCUUUGUGCUACAAGAAAAAGAAGAUUGCUGAACAGAAGAGCAAGCCCUUCAACAAACAAAAGGUGAAGCAGUGGAGGCGUCUGUGUAUUCAACACCUGGAGGAAGCCGUCAAGAUAAAGACUACAUUUGUCCUCGCAAUUGCUGAUCUGGCACAGCUGUAUGGAGAGGAAAAGAAUUUAAUCAGGGCUGAGGAGUUGUUCCAACAGGGAUUGAGGAAUUUGUCAGAGACAGACAAAAGCAUUUGUCAGGUUUUCUAUCUGCGCUACGCUGACUUUCAUCACUAUAACACCAAACAGGAGGCUGAAGCGAUCGAUCUCUACACCAAGGGUCUACAUUUAACAACGAAGACAUGGGAGUGGAAACAAUGCGCUAAGAGGUUGAAGGAGAUCGCAGAGCGACGUCUCUCCAUCAGCGUUGACGACGACCAGGCUUACGGUCUGCUGGCUCUGGUGGCCAAAGCGGAGGGCGACAAGAAGAAAGCCGCGGAGUUUUAUGAGAAAGCUCUGGACUGCGACGAAAACAAAGACGAGUACCUGUCUGCUCUCUGCGAGCUGCGCAUGGAGCUGCAGGGAUGAAUUCAGCCUUUAUUCUGCUUCUGUAGCUGAUCAGAUACGAUUAUAUUCUCAAAAGGUUUGUGCUUCUUCUGGGCCGUUUCAGAGAGACUGUCGCCGCACGAGCAGCAGCAAACACUUAAACAGGUUUACAUUUUCCUCACGGGGACCGCGUGGUGGCGAGUUCACUCGGACUUUACUGCCUUUGAUUUGUCUUUUUUCUGUUCUCGCUGUGUAAACUGAAUAUGGAGAGAACAACGAGUUGACUCACGCAUUGAUUAUCUUGUAUUUAAAGGACUUGCUGUUAAAAUGUAUAAAUAAAGCGUAAAACUCUUCA